GGCCGCUAAGCUCCAAGGUCGCGUGAUCACCUGUUCGCGAAUGCAUGGAUUAUCGUCAGACCAGUUUGUUGAGUUUCAUAAACGUGUGUAUGCCCUUAUGCAACGGACGUACCUCUUUGGGUUAAUGUUUUUCCACGCGGAGUUAACACAAAGAGUCACUGAUGUUGGACUUUCAGACUGUUCCUAGAAGGAUGCAGGUAGACUACACGGCCUACCUCCUGGCCGCAAGCCCUCCUGCAAACAGCCUUGAAUUUCUUAGCUAUGCCUUCAGUGCGGAAGCAAAACGUGAGUGGGAACAGUCCCUACAGAACGAGACAGAUCUUCAGAACAACAACGGGGACGACUGCACCAACGAUAACUCUAUGCUAGAAUGCACAAAAGUCUUUUCGACCAUGGCAAUUAAGAACGGUCGUGUGAAGCGUAAUCAGACGAUAAAGCCCAUCAUAAUUCGUAAAGACGAGGCUAGCAGUGAUGGUGAUUGGUCUGAAUGUUCUUCGGGGCCGAAUUCUGGUCAGGAAACGCCUACUAGUCCGUGCUCUCCGAGGACGAAUAAGAAAGUCUCGUUUGCCGAUCACAAAGGCUUUGCCUUAGUUACAGUUCGAAUUAUGACUGAGCCAUCUGACCACCCUCCAAAACUUGGGGAAGAUGUGCUUAAAACACUCACGAAUGGUGCCGAAGCUGUUGUCUCCGGAUUACCUCCCUUUCGGUUGAAAUUUUCCCAGCCAGCAUCAGAUUAUAUGGCUUUCCGUGAUAAAGUUGACAAGAACAAUGUUUCUCUCGAAAACGUUAUUCUUAGAGAUUAUAACGUGUUGGGAACGAUAAAGGUGAAAAAUAUCUGCUUUGAUAAGAAAGUUUUCAUAAGGCUGACAACUAAUUCCUGGAAAUCUAGUCAUGACAUUCAGGCAAAAUAUGUUCAGCCGUUUGGAAACCUGGUUCAUAACUUUGACACAUUCUCUUUCGAGUUUGACAUCGAUUCUCAAGCUGACACAAAACAUGUGAUACAGUUUGCUGUUUGCUUUGUAGCGGAUGAUAAUCAAUUCUGGGAUAACAACAGUGGAACGAAUUACGAAAUCGCCGCAACUGAUUUCAACAAAGCCUCUUCAUUUGUACCGGAUCCCCUACCGUCCAGUACAAUACCUUCAUUAAACCGCAGAGGUUCCUUGUCUGAAUAUGGUUGCUGGCAUCAUGUUGAUACAUCAUCUCCCUACUAUUGACUUUCUAGUAGACCUGGCCAAAUGUUGGUCAUGGCAUAAGAAUCACAAAAGCAUUACUUGUUCCUCCACGAACAAUGUCUCCAUCCAAGAAAGAUAAUGGGAAACAUAAUCCUUGCACGCAUACAAUAGGAUUCAUGUUAUCAUGAUUGACCUCCAAGGUCUGAAUUUGUAAAGGUUUUCCGAGUGCCAUCAAAAACAUAAAAUCUCGGUGUCUGAGCCCAAGUCUUCACUAUGGGAAAAAAUCACAAACCUUGGCUUAGAAAGGGAUGCUAACAUUUUGGGAGUUGCAGUCAGCAAGGGGAGCUGUUGAUCAUUGAACACCAAUGACCAUUGACCAUGUGGGAACAUGUGCAGAAGAUACCAAAGUUAGUGGUAUUUUAGAGUCACUUCCAUUGAAGAUCAAGUAAUAAAUUGUUAAGUCCAUGCAUUUAGGUAGUAAGAUAAGGGUUUUGAUAUGAUCCGAUAUUUUCUGCUAAUGAUUUAUCAUAAGUUAAAUUAGUUCAUUCAUUUCAUGAAUUGAUCAAUAUCGUUCAUGCUAUCUGGUGCAAACUUUCAUAAAAAAAAAACUUGUAUAUAAAAACUAUACCUCAAGUGGUAGUUGCACAUAUACAUGUAAUUUCAAGUUGAUUAAUUUUCAUUAUGUAGUACUAAAAACUAAAACUAGUACUUAAACACAUAGAAGGGUUGUAGUGAGAAUGUUAUUUUCACUUUAAAACUUUGUUUUUGUGUGCUUCAAAGAAACUGUUAAAGGACAUGUGAAGUAUUCUAGAGUGUUGUUGUAGACAGAGCUUUACAUGUUAUUGAAAUGCGCUAUGAGCCUUUGUAUUUUGAACCAAUUUUGUGUUGCUUGCUGUUGUAUUUGUUAAUAUUUAAGCAGAAUAUUGUAAUCAUUUCAUUAUCUAUUGCAAUUUAAAAUAGUAUUUUGAUUAUGUUUAAUUUGGCUUCUUUAGUUGUUUAAUGUUGACAUGUGAUAUAAGAUAUUGUCUAUGUAUGUAUAUAUUAUAAUAAUGUCGUUGUUAUCCCCCGCCAUCGGCGGAGGGAUAUUGUUUUGGCGUUGUCAGUCCGUCCGGCACUUUUGUGUCCGGAGCCAUAUCUUAGAAGUGCUUUGGCGGAUUUCAUUGAAACUUGGUAUGAGUAUAUAUAUGGAUAAGAGGAUGAUGCACGCCAAAUGGCAUUGUACACCAUUUGUUAAUAACGGAGUUAUAGCCCUUUGUAUCUUAAAAAAAAUGCUUUUUUAGUGUCAAAUUUAACACUUUUGUGUCCAAAAGAAUAUUGGCGGGGGAUAUCAAUUAAAUGAAUUUGCUUGUUAUUAUUUGGUCAGAAUUUGUUAGUUUACUUAAUUUUGUGUGAAACAAUCUAUCCUGUUGUGUAUGUCAUAAAUACAAAAUCAGUGUUUAUUGUACAUUUUAAGAUUUAGUCACAGACUUUGAUGCUUCAAAAGCAUUGAUAGCUGAAAGCACCUAUAGAAAUACUGUGCAUGUUUGUAACUUGAACGUUGACCUUUGUGACCUCAAAGAAUUUGUUCAGUAUUUAGUUGUUCAGCUGUGUUUAAUGUGUUUUAGGUGUCAUGUUGUUAAUUUAUGUAACUUGUGUUAAACAGUGUCUUCACAAUAACUCUGUUGAGCAUGUUUGUUAAUGAUUCAGAUUGGCUCAAACUGGUAUUCAACCUUAUUUCAUAUUCUAACAACCAAAGAUACAUGCAUAUCUUGAUGAUGAUGUAAAACUUGUAUUAGGCAUAAGGCACAUAUACAUUUAUUCUCUUUUCACUUGUGUAGAGAUGUAAAUUGGUCAUUUUCAGAAUCUUUACCUCACUACAUGUAGGAAUGUAAGGAUUAGUACAAUUGUUUAUUUGAUUUAUCUUUGAUAAAAUUCUGGUCUUAUACAUUGCCAAACCAUUUUCAAUGAAAUUGAAAAUGAAGGUAGACUAGAAAACCUGCCUCCUCUCUUAACGGAAUGCAUUGUAAAAUAAAAACAUGAAUAAGCUGGCAUUUAUUGUUUUUAAAUUUUGUACAAAGUGAAACAAAAUGAGUCAAAGUAACUUGUGUUGCUUACCGUGAAUAAAUACCAUAAGAAAAUUAUGUAAUGCAUUUAGCAUUGUUGUUUAUGCAGUUCAUGAAUUGAUAAUCAAUCACAUCGCUCUAUUUGAAGAGGAAAAUAUUAGGGCAUUAUGAGAAUGGAAUAUACAUUUAAUGCGAUGAAAACAGGUUUUGUUUUUGUUGACAUAAAUAAAAAAACUCAUUUCUCUUCAUUUAUAACUACAGCAUUUUCAUAAAUAUUGUAUGUUCUGGAUUGUUAUAUACUGUCAUUUGUUGUUAAGUUUUUGUUAUAUUUAUAAAAUAGAAUCUGAAUUAGUAUUCAAACUUUUGCCACAAUCUUCAUACUCAAAUUUAAUUGUAGCCAAAAAGUAGCUGUUUCCCAAAUAUAUGUUUACUCGGUGAUAAUUUUAAUAUUCAUAGAUCUUUGUAAAGCUUAGAUUUGUGAAUCUGUAAAAUUCUUUCUGCACACCUGUGUUAAAAUUAUUGUAGUCAGAUUAGAUUUUUAAUUUUGUUACUUGUUUUUUGGGGUUUUUUCUUCAAGAAACAAGAGUUUAAUGUGAUAGAUUUCCAACCCUUGAUUGUUUUGAUUUUUGAAAUAAAUUGUGUACAUAAUUUGUAAUUAUCUACGUAUAUAUGAAUAUAUAUAUUUGUACUAGAUUGUUGCUGUCAUGUGAUUACCAUGAACUUGUUGUUAAAUAUUUUUAUCAUAAAUCUCAAAAGAAUAAAACAUAAAAUACUA